AUGACAGCGUGUAAACCAUUAUCAAUAUUAAUAAGAAAUUUGAACAUCCAUAAUACUAUAAAAAUUGAUCUUAAUUUUGAUCCAUUCUUCAAAAAUCAAGAAACAAUUAGUUUUAAUUUGGUUACAAAAUUAAUAAUAUCACUUCGGCCACUAUUUCUUAAAGCCAAUUUAUUCGGGAAGGAUGUUCAUAAAUCUGGAAAUCCUAUCAUUCCCGAAGCAAUGGGUAUUAUAUCAGGCGCUGUUUUCAUUAUAACUAUGUUCAUAUUUAUUCCCAUAUUCUUUUACAAAAUUCUACUUUAUGAGACUAUAUUUCCAUAUGCACCAUUCAUAGAAUUUUUAGCAGGUUUACUUUCAAUAUGCUGCAUGCUAUUAUUGGGAUUUGCUGAUGAUGUUUUAAAUUUAAAAUGGCGCUAUAAAUUGAUUUUACCAACAUUAGCUUCCUUACCUCUUUUAAUGGUGUACAUGAUCAAUAUUAAUUCAACACUUAUUAUAAUCCCAAGGCCUCUUCAGCAAUUAUUUGGAGCUCGUAUAGAUAUUGGUGUAUUUUAUUAUCUAUACAUGGGAAUGUUGGCUGUUUUUUGCACCAAUUCAAUUAAUAUAUUAUCUGGAAUAAAUGGACUUGAAGUGGGCCAGUCUCUCUUGAUUGCAUUUUCAAUUUUAAUUUUUAAUAUAAUUGAAUUUUAUGGCAGUUACUGGAAAAAUCAUCUUUUUUCUAUCAGUUUUAUUAUCCCAUAUAUAUUUACUACAUCUGCUAUAUUUAAAUUCAACAUUUAUCCUUCUUCCAUAUUUGUUGGGGAUACAUUUUGUUAUUAUUCUGGUAUGUUAUUUGCUGUGAUUGCAAUCUUAGGUCAUUUUAGCAAAACAGUUUUAUUAUUUUUUUUGCCUCAAAUCUUUAAUUUUAUAUUUUCAAUUCCCCAAUUAUUUCAUCUGAUACCAUGUCCUAGACAUAGAAUGCCCUGUUUUGACAAUGAAGCUGAUAAUCUUUUGUUAAGCUAUUCUGAGUUUAAAAAAAUACAAUUAACAUAUAUAGGGAGUAUAAUAUUAAAAAUAUGCCAUUCAUUAGGAUUUGUUGAAAAAACAGAAUAUACAAAAGAUAAUGAAAUUUAUAUAAAAUGCAGUAAUAUGACCUUAAAUAUACUUGUGUUAAAAUUAUUGGGGCCAAUGCAUGAAAAAAAGUUAUUAAUAAUUCUAAUGAUUAUACAAAGUGGAUGUAGCCUAAUGGCAUUCAUAAUUAGAUAUCCUCUUGCCAAAAUAUUUUAUUGAUAUUGUAAAUUUGUAUACCAGAGAUAUUGUUAAAUAAAAUAUAAUAUU